GCACUCAGUCACCCGCGGCUGCUUGCAGAGCCGCCCCGACAGGCGGAUCCGUGGUGAGGCGCGCAUCAUCCACUCGACGGCUCUCGUUGGCAAGAACAUUGGGGGGCGGGGAAGGCGGCGGCAGCGGCGGUGGGCGGCCGGCACAGCAGGUGUCCCUCGUUCUCCGCCCCCCUCCAGAAAAGCAGAGCCUUCGCACCCUCCCUGAGCUCUGGCCACUCCAAAAGCUUUGGAGAGAUCCGACGGCCCCGACACCGCUCGCCUCUGCUCCUCCGUGUUUGUUCUUGAAACGGCAGCUGCUUCUCUGAAGGCUGCUCUCGGUGAGAUUCCUCCUCCUCCUCCUCCUCCUCCACACAAACACACUUCGAUGGUGAACACCACCAAGUGAGCAGGCCGGUGCGAUUCGUCCCUUUGCAGUGGAGCAGGAGCCCUCCGUGCGUGUGUGCAUCGUGGAGAGAGCGCUUCGCUUUAAGGAACAAGCCGCGCCUCCCGCCCGGCGUUUUGGACCAGUUCAGGGCUGAGGGAAAGUCGCGGUGGCUGCCGCUUCAGAGGGUGCGCAAGAAUCACGCUAGAAAUUGACAAGUCAGCAAAGAUGAGGAAAAAGUGGACACUGGAAAACGUUAGAUUCCUUUUGGCGUGUGUGCUCUGCCUCCUUUUCAUUGAGGGAAGUAAAACAGAACAAGGAAAAUACUCAGAGACUUACUGUGUGUUCCAAGAUAAAAAGUAUCGUGUAGGCGAAAGGUGGCAUCCGUACCUAGAGCCCUAUGGGAUUGUCUACUGCGUUAACUGUCUCUGCUCAGAGAAUGGGAACGUGUUGUGCAACAGAAUAAGGUGCCCGAACUUACAUUGCCCCAACCCAGUGCAUGUGCCACAGCUCUGCUGCCCACGGUGUCCAGAUGAUUCACUAUUUUCUACUGGCAGUAAAAUUACCCGGAAGUCCUGUGAGUACAACGGCACAACCUACUACCACGGGGAGAUGUUUGUGGCAGAGGGGCUCUUCCAGAACAGACAAGCCAACCAGUGUGCCCAAUGCAGCUGUUCCGAAGGAAAUGUAUACUGUGGCUUGAAGACAUGUCCCAAAUUAACUUGCACUUCUCCAGUGUCCACACCAGAAUCAUGUUGCCCAGUUUGCAGAGGAGACAGGGAGUCUUCGUGGGACAACUCGGAUGGUGACAUCUUUCGGCAACCAGCCAACAGAGAAGCUAGGCACUCUCCUCAUCGCUCCCAUUAUGACCCUCCACCCAGCAAUUCCCGACAGGCAGCCAACAUUCCACGGGCCCCUGGUGGCCGAAGUAACAGAGGAGCCCUGCCGGAUAUGCAACAGGCCUCUGGGACUAUUGUACAGAUUGUACUUAACAGCAAACAGAAGCAUGGGCGAGUUUGUGUUUCCAAUGGAAAAACCUACUCCCAUGGAGAAUCCUGGCAUCCUAACCUUCGGUCCUACGGAAUCGUGGAGUGUGUGUUGUGCACCUGCAACGUCACCAAGCAAGAAUGCAAAAAAAUUAAUUGCCCCGAUCAAUAUCCUUGCAAGCAUCCAAGGAAAAUUGAAGGGAAGUGCUGUAAAGUCUGCCCAGAUGAAAUUGGAAGUCAGAACCUUGACAGCAAAGACUACUUCUGUGGUGAAGAGAUGCUCCCUGUCUAUGAAGCUGUUCUCUCUGAGGAAGGAGAAACCAUACGCAAGAUAGCGCUGGAGACAGAUCAACCACCGCAAGUCAAAAUCCACAUGUGGACUAUUAGAAAAGGUAUCCUGAGCCACUUUGACAAGGAAACAGUAUCCAAGGAUGAGUUCAGCGAACUACACCACUUCAAGCAGAUCACAAAGACCACUUUGAGCCAGUGGAAAAUAUUCAGUGAGGGAGAAGCUCAGAUAAGCCAAAUGUGUGAAGCUCGGGUGUGCAGGACAGAGCUGGAAGAUUUGGUAAAGGUUUUGUACCUGGAGAAGUCUGAGAAGGACCACUGCUAAGAGAGAAACACCAGAAAGCCGAUGAAGGCAUGGAUCUGCAGCUGGACUGCGGGCUUAAUCUGCUUCUCCUAAAAGCCCUAAAAGCCAAACUUAUAAUGCAAGUCAAUAUUCAUCUCAUGCCCAAUGUAACCUGCUCCUUCGUGUAGAUCUGUCUCAUACUUUUCAGUAUCUCUCCAGAAGACUUAGGAGGCUGUGUUACUGGCAGAAGACAACGGGAGGGUUCAGCUUCAUGUAAAGGGUCAUGGCUUUACUGGUUUGAGAAAAAUAAUAAUAGUAAUUAGAUCCGGCAAGCAUAAUGAUCAAGGAAAAGGCCUAACAACAAAAAUGAAAAUAUUCUAUAUGCAGAACUGGAAAUGACCCUGACAGCAAUAUUGGAGAGCUUGGAAUAUAAAAUGAGAUUUCAGACUAACAGGUACCAUGGCUUUUGGUGCAGUGCCUCUGGGGCUAAUGACACAUCACAUGUUAAAAUGUACAAUACUGCUUUGAUGCAGGUCUUGUUUUGUUUUGUUUUGUUUUAAGAGCAAAGCAGCUUCAAGAGUGGGGGCAGGCAGGCAGGCAAGCAAGCAGGAAAGGUGCUUAUCCCUCAUAAACACACAUGUGGAAAACACCCACCCCUGCCCGGGUGGAAGUAGCUUGGAGAAAUGAUUUUAGUCAUCAUCAUCAUCAUCAUCAUCAUCAUCAU